GAUGUUGAGUCAGCAGCAGCCACUGAAAAGCCCCACUUCAGCUCCCUGGGAGCUGCCCUUGGCUGGUUUAUGCAAGAAAUUAAAAUACAGCAAUGAAGGUGGAAAGCCAGAAUACCGAGGGGGCGAUAUGGCCACAGGUCCUAGUGAGCAGUUGGAACAAAGUGAAGAACAACCAGAUUUUGUGAAAGAGCUUCUCACCCAGAAGGAAGGCAUUCAGAAUCAUCUGAAAGAAGACAAUAAAAAAGAUGCCAAGAUACCUGCAAGUCAAGAAGAAGUGAACGGCAGCACAAACGGUCUAGAGGAGGAACAGAAAAACAAGCUCCACGUUGUUGAGAAAGAUCUCGAUGAAUUUGUGGAUAGCCUGACCGAAGUCCCAACAUCUGGGCUUCCUAAGAAACCACCAGACGAAGAAAAGCAUCUGGUGACCGAAAUGGCUGCUGCAAAAUUGCCUCGGGCCGAGCAAGUUGCAGAAAAAGUUCUGAGGGCUGAAAGGGUGGUUGAGAGAGCCCAACGAGUAGAAAAACCACCAGUACUGGAAAAGGUGGCAGAGAAAGUGCCAAGGGUUGAAAAGGCACACCAAGUGGAGAAGGCGGUACGGGCAGAAAAGACAGCUGAGAAAUCACACCUGGCAGCACUGAAGAUUGUCUCUGUGAAGCGAAAAACAGAAAGCCGAGCCGCUAAGGACACGCUGCCUUGGGAACCUCUGACUUUGAACAAAUGCAUUCUGGUGGCAACUUUCCUGGCUCUCCUCAGUGUGAGCUGUCAGGUAGUUCAAGAGGCAAUAGAAUAUGGUGGGGCUGUUCUUGAGGCAGAGCUGAAUGCCUGGACCACACAAGAAGACAGUCCUGGGGAACAGGAGGAGCUGUGGUUUUACGAACGGUGGUUUGAUUGGUCGGACAUGGAUGAACCUCCUGAAAUAGAGGAGGAGGAAUUCCUGGAAGUUGAGGAAGAACUUUUAGAAGUUGAGGAAGAAGAAAAAGAGGCACCUUUAGAGGAUGGAGAAGAAGGGACAGAACCAGUAGAAAUCAAAGAGGAAGAGGAAGAAGAGGAAGAAACAGAGGAAGAAUCACUCCCAAAGAGGGGCCUCAGGAAAAUGCAGGAGAAAAUCAAACGAGAAACACCUUCCAAGAGUAAAAGCCAGAAAGACCGCAAAGUUCAGGAGAAAGAAGAAGAGAAGAAGCACCUUCCGGACAGGAGACAUCACUGGGAAGGGAAGGGGAAGGAGAAGCAGCAGGAGGACAGGAAGACCCAUCGCCACAAACAUGGUGACACAGCCCCUCCACUGAAGGAGCAUAAAGAAAAGCAUCCCUUGCUGGAUAAAAGAAGGGGAUCCUCCAAGGAUGAGCAUGGCAAAGGGAAAGGCCAUCUCAAGCAUGAGAAGGACCCGAAGGAUAGGAAGCCCUGGCAGAUUCAGAAGAAUUUCUUCCCCUCACCCAAGGAGAGUACCCAGAGAUUUGGGCGGCACAAGUCUCAGGAAUUGAAAAGGCAUGACUGAGAUCCAAGGAUUGCUGAUUUGAUAUCAUUGUGGCAAGCAAUAUGCUGCUCACACACACACACACACACACACACACACACACUCCCUCUCUCUUCUGCACAUCCUUUCCCUGAAAGUGUGGGGAUACAAAGACACCCAGAUUUGAAGCUGGGUGACUCCUGUUGAGACUAGGCCUCAAGAGGCAGAUUUGCCAGGAGUUGGAAGCAGAGAUGCUUUUUUUUAACGCCUUGCCUUAUCCUUCCGAUAAUGGUGGCGCCAGCAAUCCCAAGUUCUCAGGAGGGGAACAGGAGUCACUUAGCCAGAUCCGUCUUACCUGCUCUGCUGUCCCCUCAGAGUCAUUGAAGAACCUCAAAAAAGCACUUCCUUUCUCCAUUUGUGCUUUACCUGCCCAGUUAUCUCCAAACGAAGUGCUAAUGUUGGUUUCACAGCAAAGAGGAAGCCUUAAACCUUGAUACUGACCUCAGUCCUUGACUUGGAGGAGCCUCACACACACGGUGGACUUAUUCCCCGAUCCCUCAUUAUAUACAGAUUUGUAACAGGAAUGCGUGAACUGCCUCUCUUGUACACAACUGUGUGUUUUCUUUUCUUUUCUUUUUUGAGCUGAUACCAAAGCUGUGUGUUUAAACUGGAAUUCUUCAUUCAGAAGUCCAGCAAAAGAGUCUAUAUGCUGGAAUGGACCUUAGAUGUUUUUAGCAACUCCCAUACCUCGAUUAAUAGACAUCUGAAUUGUUUUGGUCACUUUUCAAGAGCAAAGCAAGACUGCGCCUCAAGAGUUUGCUUCUUGCCUAUUUUGUGGGAAAACUGGAUU